AUGUCACUUCGAAAAGGAGAUAUACAAAAUUAUGAUAAAUUAAAUAGAUUUUUAGAAAUUAUGGACAUGGAAUGGUCAAUUAAAAUAUCUGCUAAUGCACUCGCAACAUUUGAAACAAGAAAAAUGAACACAGUUGAACUACUGCCUUUAACAGAAGAUUUGAAAUUCAGAAUCUGCUAUAUGAUUUUGUUAUGCUAUGUAACAACGCAAACAAAUACUGAAGAAGUCAAACAUGAACAUUUAAGAGUCAAUCUCUCUCCUAAAGGCAUAGCACUUCUAAGGCCUCCGCCAUAUUCUCCAUCACAUCCAGGUUUCAAAAAAUACAAGCGGAACAUUUCUCUACCAGAUAAUGUUAAAGAUAUAGAAAUGGAAGAUGAACCUUUAAGAGUACGUCGUUCUCCUCGACGUUUUACUCCAUCUACUCCACCUAGUCGACCACCACAAAAGCCAAGUCAUAAAAAACACAAGCGGGAUGUACUGCCUGAAAAUAUUGAAAUCAAAGAUGAACAAUUAGGUAACGGUCGCUCUCUUACAAGCGCAGGCGAUGUAGAAAUGGAAGAUGAAUUUUUAAGGGUACGUCGUUCUCCUCGACGUUUUACUCCAUCUACUCCACCUAGUCGACCACCACAAAAGCCAAGUCAUAAAAAACACAAGCGGGAUGUACUGCCUGAAAAUAUUGAAAUCAAAGAUGAACAAUUAGGUAACGGUCGCUCUCUUACAGGCGCAGGCGAUGUAGAAAUGGAAGAUGAAUUUUUAAGGGUACGUCGUUCUCCUCGACGUCCUACUCCAGUAACUCUUCGACCACCACAAAAGCCAAGUCAUAAGAAACACAAGCGGGAUGCACUGCCUGAAAAUAUUGAAAUCAAAGAUGAACAAUUAGGUGACGGUCGCUCUCUUACAAGCGCAGGCGAUGUAGAAAUGAAAGAUGAAUUUUUAAGGGUACGCCGUUCUCCUCGACGUUUUACUCCAUCUACUCCACCUAGUCGACCACCACAAAAGCCAAGUCAUAAAAAACACAAGCGGGAUGUACUGCCUGAAAAUAUUGAAAUUAAAAAUGAACAAUCAAGAAACGGUCGCUCUCCUACAGGCGCUGGCGAUAUAGAAAUGGAAGAUGAACCUUUAAGGGUACGUCGUUCUCCUCGACGUCCUACUCCAGUAACUCUUCGACCACCACAAAAGCCAAGUCAUAAGAAACACAAGCGGGAUGCACUGCCUGAAAAUAUUGAAAUCAUACAUGAACAAUCAAAAGAAAAUAUUCAAAAUAUGGAAAUUGAAGAUGAUCAUUCAAGAGAACGUCGCUCUCCCAAAGGCAUAGGGCGUCCUAAGCCUCCACCAACUCGUCCAACAUCACGCCCAGGUUUUAAAAAACACAAGCGGGAUAUUUCUCUCACAGAAAAUAUUAAAUAUGUAGAAAUAGAAAAUGACCCUUUGAGGGUACGACGUUCCCCUAGACGACCCAAACCAACUCGAUCACCACAGCGUCCUAGUUCUAAGAAACACAAGCGUGAUAUACUGCAGAUAGAAAAUAUUCAAAAUAUGGAAAAUGCAGAUGAUCAUUCAAGAGAACGUCGCUCUUCCAAAGGCAUAGGGCGUCCUAAGCCUCCACCAACUCGUCCAACAUCACGCCCAGGUUUUAAAAAACACAAGCGGGAUAUUUCUCUCACAGAAAAUAUUGAAGAUGUAGAAAUAGAAAAUAAGCCUUUAAGGGUACGACGUUCCCCUAGACGACCCAAACCUACUCGACCACCACAACGUCCUAGUUCUAAGAAACACAAACGUGAUAUACUGCAGACAGAAAAUAUUGAAAAUAUAGAAAUUGAUAAUGAUCAUUCAAGAGAACGUCGCUCCCCUAAAGGCGCAUCACGUCCUAAGCAGCCUCCACCAGCUCCUCCAAUAUCACGCCCAGGUUCUAAAAAAUAUAGGCGGGACAUUCCUCUAACAGAAAAUAUUGAAGAUGUAGAAAUCCAAGAUGGAUCUUUAAGGGUACGACGUUCCCCUCGACGUCCUAAACCUACUCGGCCACCACAACGUCCUAGUUCUAAGAAAUACAAGCGUGAUGUAGUGCUAAAAGAAAAUAUUAAAAAUAUGGAAAUCAAAGAUUAUCAUUCAAGAGAACGUCGUUCUCCCAAAGGCGCAUCACAUCCUAAGCCUCCACCAACCUCUCCAACAUCACGCCCAGGUUCUAAAAAACACAAGCGGAGUAUUCCUCUUGAGAAAGCAUAGGACGCCAAAAGCCUGUACAAUCUCUUCCAUCAUCGUAAGUUCUAAAAUACAUAAGACUGAUAUUCUGCUAAGAGAAAAUAUGGAAAACGAAGAUGAACUUUUAGUCCCACUAAUUGCAGAUGCAAAUGUACUAAAAUUCCUUGAAUUGCAUUUAUUCGUUCA